CCCUGAGUGCUGGAAGGGGGCCGCCCGCCGUCUUCCCGCAGCCCCAGGAGACAGGCCUGAGGAGCCUGAAGCCUGGAGACCUUAAGUGCUUCACUUUUCUGGUUAGAGAAAAGUUAAGUCGGAUGGAAAUUAUCAUUUUGCCCUGGGUUGGUGAUCCAUGGCAGUGUAGGAGUUUGGUCCUAGAAUCGGGGGGCAGUCCUGCACCCCCAUUCCCCUGCCUGAGGGGGCGUCUCACUCCUCAAGGCCCUGCUGCCAGGUGCUUGGGGGCUGUGACUGUGUAGCCUGCCUUAUUCGUUGCCGGAGGAGGACUGCAGGUGACUAGCUCAUGUGUCUGCUUGGAACAGAGUCCCGGGCUCUGUGGGACUGGGGGCUUUGCUUCUGCCACGAAUGGGGUGGGACAGCCUUGUUGAAUUCCUGGUGGACUGAAUUUGCAGAAGUCUCUUCUGAGCACUGUCCUGCUUCGUGUCUUGGCUUUUAGACUAAUUUGGGAGGGUAGGAAGUUACUUACAGACGCCCUCAAAUUGACCCUGUUAGCAGGGGUCUAGAGGUUGGAUUGCACCCCCAGACUGGAGGUGACCUCUGCUCUGGGUGUGUUCCAGGGGCUGCCUGGGGCCCUGGCGGGAAAGCCAGACUGACCUUGUCCCCAGAUGCAUGCUCCCCCUGGGUGGGACCUGUGCCAGAAGGGCCCCCCUUUGUCUCUCUCUCGAGGGCGCACUUUCUAAGCAGCAGUGGUGUCACGCUCGGAGGGGUUCCAGGGCAGGAGCAGGGCUGGGGCGGCCGCAGCGGCCACCACCCCGGCCAUGUCUCUGGUGCGGGCAGGCUCACGCUGCUGUUUCUCCUUUGAGGCCGGAGCUCCUGAGACAUAUGGCGCUGGCCAAGUCACCCCCACCUUAGGCGUUGUGCAUGGGGCCCCAGGGGUGGGCCCGGCUGUUCCUGUGUUCUUUCUAGACGCUUGUGGGUCUUGUCUUUGAGCUGGGAGUAGGUUCCUGCUGUGUGGCUUCUGAGAAGGUGGGGAAGUCUCAGGGCCCUUCCACUAAGACCCUUGGCCUGUCUUUGCUGUGCCACCCUGCUAAGCCCAGUCCUUCCACGGCCCCUCUGGGUGUGGCCAGCUGUCGUUUGCCCUGAGUGAGACUGCCGUGGACAGCUUGCUGCGGGGAGGGAGGCGCGCACAUGCAGACCCCUGCCCGGCCCUGCUGCUCUGCCUGGCGCCGUCUUCAGGAGGGGCCUGGGACCUGGGCCAGGCCAGGGACUGUUGAAGGCACUGGAGCUGAUGCCCAGCAGGUCAAUGGCCAGCAAGGAGGGGGGUCCGAGCCGGCGGCGGCGGCGGCAGCGGUGGCAGCGGGAGACAAAUGGAAACCUCCACAGGGGACGGACCCCGUCAAGAUGGAGAACGGGCAGAACACAGCCGCCAAGCUGGGACUGCCUCCCCUGACGCCCGAGCAGCAGGAGGCCCUCCAGAAGGCCAAGAAGUACGCCAUGGAGCAGAGCAUCAAGAGCGUGCUGGUGAAGCAGACCAUCGCGCACCAGCAGCAGCAGCUCACCAACCUGCAGAUGGCAGCAGUGACAAUGGGCUUUGGAGAUCCUCUCUCACCUUUGCAAUCGAUGGCAGCUCAGCGGCAGCGGGCACUGGCCAUCAUGUGCCGGGUCUACGUGGGCUCCAUCUACUACGAGCUGGGCGAGGACACCAUCCGCCAGGCCUUUGCCCCCUUUGGGCCCAUCAAGAGCAUUGACAUGUCCUGGGACUCCGUCACCAUGAAGCACAAGGGCUUUGCUUUUGUGGAGUACGAGGUUCCGGAAGCGGCCCAGCUGGCCUUGGAGCAGAUGAACUCCGUGAUGCUGGGCGGCCGGAACAUCAAGGUGGGCAGACCCAGCAACAUAGGGCAGGCCCAGCCCAUCAUAGACCAGCUGGCCGAGGAGGCACGAGCCUUUAACCGCAUCUAUGUGGCUUCCGUGCACCAGGACCUCUCGGACGACGACAUCAAGAGCGUGUUUGAGGCCUUCGGCAAGAUCAAAUCUUGCACGCUGGCUCGGGACCCCACAACUGGCAAGCACAAGGGCUAUGGCUUCAUUGAAUAUGAAAAGGCCCAGUCGUCCCAGGAUGCCGUGUCUUCCAUGAACCUUUUUGACCUGGGCGGCCAGUACUUGCGGGUGGGCAAGGCCGUCACACCCCCCAUGCCCCUGCUUACACCUGCCACACCUGGAGGCCUCCCACCUGCUGCCGCUGUGGCUGCUGCUGCAGCCACAGCUAAGAUUACGGCUCAGGAAGCAGUGGCAGGAGCAGCGGUCCUGGGUACCCUGGCCACUCCUGGACUGGUGUCCCCUGCACUGACUCUGGCCCAGCCCCUGGGGGCUUUACCCCAGGCUGUCAUGGCUGCCCAGGCCCCAGGAGUCAUCACAGGUGUGACCCCGGCCCGGCCUCCCAUUCCCGUCACCAUCCCGUCUGUGGGCGUGGUGAACCCCAUCCUGGCCAGCCCUCCGACGCUCGGUCUCCUGGAGCCCAAGAAAGAAAAGGAGGAGGAGGAGCUGUUUCCCGAGUCUGAGCGGCCGGAGAUGCUGAGUGAGCAGGAGCACAUGAGCAUCUCGGGCAGCAGCGCCCGCCACAUGGUGAUGCAGAAGCUCCUCCGCAAGCAGGAGUCCACAGUGAUGGUUCUGCGCAACAUGGUGGACCCCAAGGACAUCGAUGACGACCUGGAAGGGGAGGUGACUGAGGAGUGUGGCAAGUUUGGUGCUGUCAACCGUGUCAUCAUCUACCAAGAGAAGCAGGGCGAGGAGGAGGAUGCGGAGAUCAUUGUCAAGAUUUUUGUGGAGUUUUCUGUAGCCUCUGAGACUCACAAGGCCAUCCAAGCCCUUAAUGGGCGCUGGUUUGCGGGCCGCAAGGUGGUGGCUGAAGUUUAUGACCAGGAGCGUUUUGACAACAGUGACCUCUCCGCGUGACCUUGGCCCCGUUUCCCCGGACUCGCACUUUUUCCUUGUUUCCUCUGGGUUUUAUAGAGUGAUUCGGUGAUACCUGGGGCUCAGCCGCCCAGCCUGUGGAUAAAGGUGCAGAUGCUGCUGGC